AUAAUAAAGGCUAGAUUCAAGAAACAAAUCAAUAUAAUAAUUAUCUAAGGGUCCUAUAGCCCAUGCUUCCCUCCUUUCUCUUCUCGAGAGCUCGAGGAAUUGGAGGUCCUAUUUAUGCCUGUAGGUCUAUGUUAUACUUAGGCACCAAUAUCCUUAUUCAUCAAUCUAGUCCUAGGUCCGUUCAUGACCUUGCGUAGCGGCUUAAUCCUUCCUGACAACUUGUGACUAAUCAUCCCGUUAUCUUGCCGCUCCAGUUCUCCUCACCGCCGUCCUUGGUCAGCAUGUCAAUCAGCGGUUUCGUAGCGCAGGUGGCCGUGUGACAUCUACGACCUCUUCCUCUUUUCACAUCUCGUUUCUCUCUUCGCGAGAUAAAUCAGUGACAAGGUUUCUUAUAGGAGUACCACAUCAACAGCUUCCCUGAAACAACAAUAGUUGUGUCUUACAUUACACUAACUCCUCCUCUACAUUGACUUUAUUGCAUCUUAUUUCCUACCUCGUCGAAAGUAUCAAAGAUGACCAAUACUUCCGAGGAAACACAGGUCUACGACUCAACCACAUUUUGGAUUGCUCCGGCGCGGAACUUUAGAACCUCAGCACGGCUACAUUUGCAACAUCUCCUCUUCCAAAACACUCUAGACCACAUCUUAGAGCCAAACAUCCAAACCUUCGUCGCAGGCCGUAAGGAACUAAAAGUCGCCGACCUCGGUUGCGGAAACGGCGCCUGGUUGAACGACCUGUAUGAUGAACUCUCUAGCAAGGGCAUAUCGGCCCAGUUAGACGGCUACGAUAUCAACCCGAUCAACUUCCCCGCAUCCGCGUUCCUGCCGCCGUCGGUCACCUUGAAGAAGUUGGACAUCCUUGCCAAGCCGCUGCCGGCGGAUAUGGUAGGCGCUUACGAUAUCGUCCACGCCCGCGCUCUGACCAGUAUCAUCGUGGGCUCGGACCUCUCCCCCGUGCUCUCCGCCGCGCUGGCCUUGUUAAAGCCCGGCGGCUGGCUGCAGUGGGAGGAGUCGCGCGCGGAUACGUGGGUCGUCCAACCGCCCGCGCCUGACGUAUCGACCACUGCAUGUGACACGAUCGCCCACAUGCUGAAGGCGGCAGGUCAGGCGAGGGGCUCAGGUUUCGAGUUUUUGGGAGAGCUAGGGCGGCACGUCGAAGAGUUCGGCUUUAGCGACGUCCAUUCGCUCUCGGUUAACCUCCGGCCGCGCGAUCUCAAGGCUUGGACCGAAGAUUAUUUGAUGGUCUGGGAGGAGCUCUACGUGUUCUUCCCUCCUAAAGCUGAGAAACCGGAGGCACCUAUGACGAGAGAAGCAUGGGUAGACUUGUUUGCCAAGGCCGUGGGGGAAACUGAAAAGGGGGUGGCGAUUCAUCAGGGCGCGAUUGUGUCCGUGGUCGGACGUAAGGCUAUAUGAUACUUUCUCCAUAAAAGCAAAUAUGAAUCCUGGGCCCCAUCGUCUUCAUCCUUGGCCGGAAUGUCUAGAUACUCCUAGUACAUUGGCAUCCCACGAGACAUUCCUAUCCAAGCCAAGUCCGGCUCUACCAUAACCCUUUUCCUCGCAUUGCGAUGAACUUCCAGGGGCUCCCUCAUAGGCAGAGCCAUAGGUUUAGGGCGUGCUCAUCCUACAGUCGCUCAUUUAAGUAGGUCAGGGUGAGGAUUUUGUUGUACUGAUCGAUGGCGUACGUAACAAUACCCCUCGACAAGUUAGCACCAAGGUACGUACGUAGGUAGUGUAUGCAUAUACAGGUGUCUGAUAUCUAUAUACCAAGCAUUCAUCUCAAAAUAGAAGUUAAACACUUUUUGAAGUUUGCGAACCCUUAUGAAAAAGAUAGUUGGAA